GUGGAGACAACGGUAUCCCCGUCAGCAUCUCUGUAAAACUUUACAUCGAUUUUAUUCCACUGUGUUAAUCGUUGCUGUGUCCUCGCAUGGUUUAUAUUAUUAUUUGGUAUCUACUGAAGCAUACCCUUAACUAUAAUUGAAUUAUUAAUAUGCCAUACUUUUAACGCUAACACAGUCCAGCAUAUAAUUUUAUUAGGCACAGGUGAUAGACUAGAUGUUGUGCUUAUUUUACAUACAGAUGUAAUAAAUAUUUCUGUAUCGCAGUUGUUCUAAAUAAUAACCAGCGUGUUUCUUCGCCAUUAUUGUGAAUCACUCGGGCAAGACAUUUUUGUUUUUGACGUUAAACUUGUUUUUUGCGGUGCUCAUUAGGAGUUGCAAACUUCCAUCAUGUCUCAGUCAGUAGGGCCAGAAGAAAAGAUGAAGAAAUACGUGGAGGAAGACGACGAUACAGUCACAGAAACCAAGGGUAAAACUGCGAUUGAAGUGCGAGACCUGCUCGUUCACUAUGCCAAACAUUCGACCAUGCACGGGGUUCCCUCCAUAGUGGGAUCUAAAUUAUACCGAGGAAGGAAUAUAUUUUGGGUGAUAGUUGUGUUGGUGAUGGGAGCCCUACUAGUAACAACUAUAUAUGUUCAAUUAUCGGAUUAUUAUCGCUAUCCUACUGUUACCAGUGUGAACGUGAAUUACCUAGAGGAGGACGACUUUCCCGCUAUAACCGUUUGCGAUUUAAACAUAUUCAAUACAGCCUUUGUAUCGAAAAUGGAUGAUAGAACACAAAAAUACAUGACGUUUUUAACAGAAAUAUCUGGAAUUUAUCACCUGGUGGGGAAAAGAUUUCUCCGAGCACUAGUCAAAGGAGAUAAGUCGCCGCCUACUAAUAAAACUGCAGACGAUAUUGUUCAGACUCUUUUUGAACAAGUGAACGACAUGAUCAAAGGUACGGGAUUGAAAUGUGCGUGGGGGGAUUAUUAUUGGGAAAACUGUGAUUCGGCGUUAACAACACGUGUGACAGAAAUGGGUAUUUGUUUCACUGUAGAUACUAGAAAAUUGGUGAGAAAUCAUCAUGGAAGUGCGAAGCCAAACCCCGUGAGUAAUUCAUUGCGAGGUUUCAACGUUGUUAUAACAACAAUAAGAACUGAUAUUCCAUACCGGUUGUACCAGUUUGAAGGUUUUAAAAUUGUUUUACACGAUCACGACGAGGAUCCAUUACCACAGUCCAGAGGUUUCGUUGUUGGUGCAAACUGCUCAACGGAAGUAGAAGUUUCAAAAUCAGUGAGAAUUGGACUGGAACCGCCAUUCUUGGCGUUUGGUGGCAGCACGUGUAUUGAUACAAAUAGCGAUAAAUUUACCAAUCCACUGAAGAGGUUUGACUUCUACACUAAAGAAGCCUGUGAAAAGGAAUGCUUCAUGGAUUAUGUUGUCAAAUUCUGCGGAUGCCGGCAUUUCCUUCAUCCGGGUAAUGAAAGUUUAUGUUCGAUUGAGCAUCUUUCGGGGUGUUACAGACAUGCUGAAGCAACUUACUACAAAGGAGACAGUAAUGGAACUGCAAAAGCUGAAUGCGUCUGUCCUCUACCAUGCCGAGAAAGUACCCAUAAAGCAUCGGUGACAUGCGCAAAAUUCAGACCGACAGCACCGUUUAGUAAAAUAUUGGAUAAUGCAAGUAUUGAUGCUGAUGUAGUAACACUCCAUGUUUUCUUUGCUGAUCCAGUUGUAACUGUCAUAGAACAAGUCCCGGUUUAUACUUUAGAGAAACUCCUAGGAUCUAUUGGAGGUCAAGUCGGUCUGUUUAUGGGUUUUAGUUUGAUUACAGUCGCCGAAAUGUUCGAACUUAUAUUUUUACUUGUUACUAGAGGGCGCUUACUUCACCAAGAAAGAUAUGAAAAAGAGGCAGAAAUGCGACAAUUGGCCAAUUUAAAUGCUAGAUAAAUCGUAUACAAAUAAAAAGACUGUUUGAAUUCGGAUAUUUCAUUUUCUCGGCAGAUAAUACAAAGACAGGAUGUGAUAAAACUUUGAGAACAAUAAUUUGUAGAUAUCGACUUAGUUCAGAUGCAGUUUCGCGAACGGAAAAAUUGAAAUUUUCUAUAAGAUAAAAUUUCACCUUUUCACCUUUUCUUGAAACGAUUUAGCAGCUCGGAUGUCGAAAUUUAAGAUUUACGAAAUGUCGAAACAUGGCUACAGUUGUAUACUUGAAUUCAUAUGCUGAAUAUUACCUUUUCUUUAGUUGUGUAACCGACAUAAUAUUGUUAUAAAGCCGUCUCCUAAAUAAUGAAACCCUUGAUUUAUUAUGUGUCAUUAUAAGUACGUUAAUGUGCAUCAUGGACAAGCUCAUUAGAUAAGUAUUCACUUGUAACCCUUGAUAAUGAUUGUAUGUAUUGUUAAAUAUAAAUAUAUAAUAUUAUGCUUAUGUGAUUGUAGAUAGCAAUGAUAGUAUUUUUGUAGAAAAAAGAAAUAUAUGAAUUCCAAAAUAUUUUCAUCUGAUUGAACAAAAAUUGGUCUAUAUUACUAUUUAAUAAUUAUAUUGGUAUUAAAAAAAUCCUCUACAGGUCUAAAUUAAACAAAUAAGCUAUAAUUAUUGUUAAUUUUAAAACUGGGAGGGCAUUGAAUAAAUUCAGAACAGCAGAUUACUUUAAUGCAGCUGAGAGACUUUAAGGAUACCGGAUGAUUAUUGUUGUAAUAAAAGCCAUACCUCAACUUUGGUGAAAUCAGCUAUGCCAAAAUUUUGUAUAUUAUAUCAUUAUAUAUAUAUAUAUAUAUAUCUGUCAUUUGUUUUGAAUACCUAGCUUGUCCAUGUAGUUUAAACUUAUUUGAAAAUGUUCGGCCCCCUUUUAAUGCUCGGUUUUCGUGAGCCGUGAUAUGGAAUUUGACUACUGACCGACAACAAAAAAGGAGCCUUACCGAAUGUUGUGAUAUGAAUUACCUAGAAAAUUAUCAUGUGUUGUGGGAAUAAUGGUAAAGUAUACGAUAUGACAUUUCCAAUAAUUGAAUAAGGAAAUUAUAUUUACCCAAAUGGUAUUCCAUGAGCAUCAAACAAAUGUUAUCAUUUGCUUGAAACAUUUAAUCAAGUUUUAAAUUUAAGUGCUUAAAUUACACAGCUGCAACCUUACAGAAAAGUGCAAUAUGUCGAAAUUAACAUCUUGAUGUAUACAGUACGUGUACAGCAAUCAACUAUAAAUUUAAAAGGAUGGAUUUUAUUGUAUAUACACAUAACAACGACGUGAAUAAUAAACUGAUUUAGCUAAAACUGUAAAAGAAUGGUGCAUUGGUAACCGAAGUGUAUUAGAUCUGGGUGAGAUUUUAAAUUACUACAUUAAGAUUAAAGAUGCAUUAUGUAAGAUUUAUUUAAAGAGCUCGUCGUUCUUGCUAUACUGUUCCAUAAAAGAUAAUUCAAAAUUAAUUGAAAAUUUCAUUCAAAUGAAUUUAUUCUGGCCACGUUAUCACAUAAAUUAUUUAUUUUCGUAACAGCGUUACUUGUUACUCGAGACUCAGCCUCGCUUCUCAAUUUUUAAAUUAAAUCAUUAAAUGGUAAUCGUAUUUUAAUCCAUUUACAUCAACACCAUAUGAUUGAUUAUAGGCUUGGCAUGUGAAUAAUUUGUUUAAAAUUUGAAGCCAAAUUACACCUGUAAUAGACAGAUUUAGCUCCUACAUAAUGCAUUUUUAAGAAAAAUAACAAAAAAUAAGAAAAAAAACCCAAACGAUAUAGACAUACAUAUACUAGGAUUUUAUACAAAGUCGUUUUAAUUCUGGACAUUACAUCUUUUAAACAUGUUCUUUAUUACUAAUAAUGUUUCCUUAACAUAUAAAUUAUGCUAGGGACUAGUGUUAAAAUAUUGGAAUGCACGUAGGUCUUUUUAGAUAUACCUACAUACCUCAGUGUUGAUCAGUUAUUGAAAUAUUUAUUUCUUGGCCAAAAUAUUUCACUUCCAACUGGAUUUAACAGUGUUUUGUGUGUAACGUUGCUGGCUUUUAAAGGGGUGUUCAUUAACAUUUCAAGACUUCGAAUAGCCACAAUCUACCCAAGCCAGAAUUUAAAGAAAAAUGGGCGAUAUUAGCACAAAUCCCACGAUGGAAAGUGGUACCCGGUGUUCAUAAAUUGAUAAACAUGCACUGCACCCGCACGACACCAAUCACGCUACGAGUAAGACCGAUUAUGACAAGGCUGACUCUGGACCAAAUGUACAUACAGGAUGACACAUAGAUCUAAUACCGAUCUACAAUGUCGCGAAAACGACUAUAAAUUCUGGUUGGUAGAUAUUCUUGUCCCAGUAAUCUUAGCUAAUUUACAAAGACAUAGUCGAUAAAUAUUGUUACGAGCCCCUUCAUUUACAGCUCAAUGUGUUGCUUUGUGUUUGUAGAUUUGUUAACAUUUGUUAUAUAUGAGAUAAAUUAAUAUUAUUAUUGUAUUAAAAUAGAAUAUUAUGUGAGGUCAUCCAUCGAAGACUAGGGAUUAUUGGCAUUUUUAUUGCUGCAUCUGAUUCAUGGUUAACUAAACGAUGGUUUUAUUAUAUCACACUAAAUACAGUAAAUUUGUAAGACGGCAGAAUACAGAAACACCUAACUCCAUAUAGAGAGAACAGUAUGCAUACUCUGGCUGAUGAGCGAACUGCCCGUUCAGACGCUUAUUUUUAAACCAGUUCAUAAUCGCUGGGGUUUUUAAGACAGCAUCGUGUUGCGUUCACACGUACUAUAAGCCAAACCAGUUUAACUAUUCUGACAUCUUCGGUCGGAGGUUAGAGUUAACUACGCACGGGUUGCUUCAUAUUCUUUAUUCGGUUCUCGCACUCUUUCGAUAACAUUGGCACUGCCUGACAGGAAUGUAAACUUACUGCGUACUGCGCAUGCUCAAAGCAAGCUGGAGCCGGUUUUUUUUAGCCAACCCAUUCAGACGGCUAAGAUGCACCAGUUUAAAAUAAAAAGCCUUCUCGAAGACAGGUCGCGAGCUGGGGUUUUUAAACUGGUUUAUUUGCCCCACAUUUGCGUUCAGACGCUUAAGUUAAACUGGUUUAACGAUCCCCGGGGUUUUUAAACCAGUUCAACUUAAGCGUCUGAAUAUUAAAUUGUCAAAAACCAAAAUAUAUUAGCGGACGAUAUAAAAUCGACCCGUGUCCAAUGCAUGCUACAUCACAAAGUGUUAGAUGGCCUUACCGCAGAUAGUUAAAAUCAAAAUAAUAUUUCUGCCAUUUAAGAUGACAUUUAGUUUGGUAUCUGUAUAAAUAAUUAACGUUGGUGAUAAAAUGGUGAUAUGUUUUGUUAUACAUAUGUACAGAGAACUGCUGUACAAACGUAAAAAUAGAGGGA